AUGCCAUUGAACAAUAUACUGGAGGUGGAAAUCUUUGAUGUUUGGGGUAUGGAUUUCAUGGGACCCUUUCCCUCUUCCUACUCAAAUAAGUAUAUCCUGGUGGCAGUGGAUUAUGUGUCAAAAUGGGUUGAAGCCAUAGCCACACAAACUAUUGACUCUCGGGUUGUGAUCGCCUUUCUGAAAAAGAAUAUCUUUGUGCGAUUUGGAGUCCUGAGAGCCAUAAUCAGUGAUGGGGGAACACAUUUUGACAACCGGUGGGUAGACGUUGUCCUUGCAAAAUAUGGAGUGAGGCAUAAGAUAAGUACCUCGUACCACCCACAGACUUGUGGUCAGGUUGAGAUUUCUAACUGGGAACUUAAACGUAUACUGGAAAAGACUGUUGGAAAUGCUAGGACUCAAUGGUCCAAGAAACUUGAUGACACUUUGUGGGCAUACCGUACAACAUUCAAGACUCCUAUUGGAAUGUCUCCAUUCCAGUUGUUAUUUGGGAAAGCAUGUCAUUUACCAGUGGGAUUGGAACAUAGAGCAUUGUGCGCUGUUAAGUUUUUAAACUUCGAUUCAAAAGCAGCAGGUGAGAAAAGGCUGCUUCAAUUGGAUGAACUGGAUGAAUUCCGUCUUUCUGCAUAUGAAAGUGCAGGCUUAUAUAAGGAAAAGACCAAGCUAUGGCAUGACAGGAAGAUCACAUAUAGGGAUUUCAAGGUGAGCAAUCAAGUUCUGCUGUUCAAUUCCAGGUUGAAGCUGUUCCCAGGAAAGUUAAAGUUCAGAUGGUCUGGAUCAUUUGUGGUGAAGGAUAUGAAGACUAUGUCUUCACCACUACCAAAGAAAACCGGCAAAAAGAGGUCCCAGGUGAUUAAGGCAACUGAGCCUACACCUCCACCUACCUUUGAUGAAAGAUUAUGGAGGAGUGCUGCUCAUGAGACGCGGUUUAAUGACAAGACAUCAUCCAGGCCCUUUGUUCGGGAGAGGAAAUUUGUACUGGACAAGGAUGAGUACCCAGAAUUCCAAUCCCAGCUGAUUAAGAGGGAAUGA